CUCCGCGACAAAACACAUGGCACACAACCACUUCUUUCGCCAUGGUAUCCAGUCAGAGGCCGAUCCAGCGCCAACUGAUGAAGAAAUACAAUAUUUGUUUCGAUGGCCCAAUUGACUCCAUCCGCAACCCUCGCUGGCCGAGCAAUUGCGAUCCCAUCUUCCAGCACAUCCGCCAACUUGGCAAAAUCGACUUUGAGCACUAUCGCGACAGCAUCAGCGCGGAUGUGCACCACCAUCCCUGGAGAGAACAGGUUCAGCGUCGAGCGAGUCGCGUCGCGGAUAUUGCAAAACUCUGUCUGGAAGGACGGAAGAAUGAGGGUGGCUGGCGUUUGGCCUUAGAGCCCGAGAUUAUGGCACGAUUGACCGUCGAGGUUGCAUGUCAAAAAUGUCGAGGUAGGCUUUGGCGAUCUGAGCAAGAAGUUGUCUCCAGCAACUCCCAAAACGAAACCUCAGCAAACUCCCUCGGUGCCCGUCAAAUGAGGCGCCAGCCGUGCAAAUGCGACCCAAGCGGCUACGUUGAUAGUGUUCGUGAUCAGGGAAUAAACCCUCUCUUCGACGACAGAGUAGAUGAGGGAAUUGUCUACCCUCCCGAACUGCAACGCGACCUCCCAAGCCGUGAGGACCGUCCAGACAGAGUGUACGGGCUUCGAGUCACCAGUAGGCUCGAGCGUCUAUUACUCAACGCAGAGGAAAACCCAAUUGCUUCCAAGGCGAAUUCGACCAACGAUGGGCUGAGGAGUAGCCCCUUCAAAGUCGACGGAGACCCGAUAGUUUAUCCGUUCCUCAUCAUCGAGGCAAAAUCCGAAAAAGGCGCAGAUUCAUUCACCGAUAUACAAGUUCAAACUGCUUUUGCCAUUCGAGAGCUGUUGUCUCUCCAAGAAGAGCUAGCUCAAGCAGCUGGUGAGGGCACCGAGUGGGACGGUGGUCCUCUUGUGUGGUUUCUCUCAUAUAAAGGCGAACUAUGGAGAGUAUGGGCUGCAUACAUUGAGACUGAAGGCGAAAAAAAGUGUUAUAGAGUCGUGAGACUCUGGGAAGGCGGCCUUGACUCUCCAGAGAACGCACUACAGCUCCUCCUCAUUAUCGACUACAUAGUGGACUGGGCUCGCGACAUUUACCGCGAAGGUGUUGCCCGAAGUUUGAAAAAGCUUGCGCUUCACGAUUCUAAGAGCCUGGCGUACGACUCAGAUAUUUUCUCAUUGGCAGAAGAUGUUCAAGAUUGGGUGGUUGCCGACGACGAAGGUGAUGAAGUAGACCUGGUCGAACCUCAAUCGGCCGCUGGGGACCUGCUUCGCGCGUUUGACAGCCAACACGGCGUGUUUCGCGAUGCCCGUUUUAUCCGAACGCGGUUCAUUGGCCUGUAUGUCACCGAGGAAAAUUUCAGACAUCUGAUUUAUUCAGCCCCGUCCAACGAUGCAGCAAAGAAACUUGCAAAGUCUCUUCUUGAAAGCCUCGAAGAAUCCUGCAGAAUGAGACGAGACAUGCUCGAUGAUCUCGAGGUCUCUUGGACAGAUAUGGAUCGCCACGGAGCCGAUAUGAUUGCCCCGGAUGCGAUCUUCCUGGUCGUCGCCACUGCAGUGUCGUAUUUCACACCAGACUGGGAGCAAACAAGAGAGUUGAGUUAUUUGGCUAUUGCAGACACUGUCAUAGACAGGCUAUUCAAGAUUGCCGACGUAAAACGCCCACUUAGCCUGGCAUCGUCGCGCAUCCCCCUGGUUACGUCAAUGUCUUCGUUCCGAGAGGUUUUAAAACGGUCUGCUGCAGAUAAUCUGUCCGCAUGUGCGUCACGAUUGUGCAUUUAUACUGGACACUUUUCCACUAUUGCGAACUGCUCAAGUACCUCGUGGGUGUGGAAGUCGUUGCCUUCAGAGCAGCCCAACAAUGGGAAAAGAUCGCAACGAGAGAUGGUGGUCAAGGUUGGACCACGUUCGAAGGCGCGGGAGUUUGUUUAUGCUCUCUAUUUGAAACAUAGGGUCGGUCGAAACGAGCCAACGUCUCCCAUAUUUCGGCUGUCGACUAGAUUGGACGAGUUGGCGCCACCCCAAGAGUUAUCCAAACGUCCCGAGCUGCUGUCAGAGGACGUGUGGCACUGUAUCAACUUGAUUCCAAGUCUACGCAACCAAGGUCUCAUCUUUGCCUUGUCCGAGCAACCUGACAGGGCUACACGGAAGACAGAUAUAUGCGUAUUUGUUAUGGAUCCCUCCAUUGUUACGGGCGGCUUGCUGCCCCUUGAAAUACUUCGUCGACCAGGUUGGCACAUGCGUGUAAAGAGAUUUGACAACAGACCUGGUUGGGAUAGAGGAUGGAAUUUGAAGGGAAUCGAGAGCAGUGACAAGACCAUCACUACAAAGAUCGACCAGUUUGUCAAGCAUCUACGAAAUGCAGAACACCGACAAUCUACACAUGACUUAUUCAAGUCGAAGAAAAAAACAAAAUGGGAAGUUCUUACAGACGGAGUGAGGUUAUUUAAUGGACUGGCCAAGUUUGAAUUCGACACCGACGUACCGUACCGACGCCAUACAUGGAGAGAAGCAACCGAGGUUCCUCACUUGCCUGUGCUGGAUACGACCAAGAAGGAGAGUCCUCACUUGACCGUUUGGGAUGCGACCAAGAAGGAGAGUCAGCCGGAAUACAUUGUCAUCGACGACGAAGAUGACGACUCUCAUAAGGACCAAAGAGCCGAUAAAGACAAGCCAAUAACACCAAUCAGUUCCCAAGCAACCACAAACUCCCAGAAGUCGCUUUGGCUCUCCCGGCCAGAGCUCAGACCCGGUGUGGGAGGAAACUUGGAACAACAGACACACGAUGCAAGGAACAUAGCCCGUAUACCUAGCCCAAAAAGGAAACAAGACCUCUUGGAUGAGAGGGAAGACCCGCGGCGGAAAAGAGUUCGGGAGACUGGUCAAGAGAACGAUGAGGCCGGGACGUCAGCAGAAGGAGCACGAAGAGGGUUCAAGCGGACUUUAUCCGUAGCUGAACAAACGUUUGAGAGAGAUUUUCUCGGCGACGAGGAGUAUGAGAGAGUGAUACAAGGGAAGUCACUACCUUAGAUCAUUAUUUGUACCCGAAUACCACUUGUCCCAUCAAGGGAACCACUCCUUACUUCUGUACCCAGUCCAGCGCCAAGGUUCGUGUACUGUUGCAUUGGGAUCCUAGUUUGCCUUCAUCCUUCAUCACAGAGACGUCAGAGGGACCUAGCGGCUAGAGUUUGAGCCCAAGUCUAACCUUGAAGCUCUUAGCUCUUACAUCUCCCUCAACCCAACUGCUGUGUUAGCAGCCUUAGCUCUGUCGGCUUCAU